AUGACAGUCCCGGAUCCUGAGUGGCUGCAAACAGCCACCAAGAAACGCCAGCUACGCGACCAAGCCAUUCAAACCUUCGCUGAGACUCUCCAAACUCCAAGCAAGCUGCCGCUUGACGGAUCUGGCACUUUCAAUGAUCAAUCGCGGCUCUCCGCGGGCGCCAUCCCGCAGACGAUCUCUUCGGGCGUUUUUAAUGCGUCCACAAUUCUCGAAUAUCACAUCCGGCGCUUAACGGAAAUUCUGUUCGACGAUGCAACUAAGCAAGCCAAUGAGCUCGACAAGUUCUUCAAAACUCAUGGCCGCCUCGUGGGACCCCUACAUGGCAUUCCUAUGACUGUCAAAGAUCAAUUCGACAUCGCGGGAUAUGACAGCACAUUGGGAUAUGUUGGGCGUGCAUUCAAGCCAGCGGCACAGGACUGUGUCCUGGUCGCGAUGCUGAAACAGAUGGGAGCGGUGAUUUUCGCCAAGACCAAUCUACCGCAGAGUAUCAUGUGGUGCGAAACCGAGAACCCAUUAUGGGGGCUCACGACCCACCCAAAGAACCCUGACUUUACUCCAGGCGGCUCGACUGGCGGAGAAGGAACACUCCUAUCGCUCGGAGGCACUGCUGUCGGAUGGGGCACAGAUAUAGGUGGAAGCAUUCGCAUUCCUUCUCAUAUGAAUGGUCUGUACGGCUUCAAACCUAGUAGUUCUCGCUUACCAUACCACGGUGUUGCUGUCUCCACCGAAGGCCAGGAGCAUGUACCGUCGGUGAUUGGACCUAUGAGUCGUGACAUGGAGUCGCUGAUUGUUGCUACCCAAGCCGUUAUUGAUGGAGCCCCGUGGAACUUGGACCCCAAAUGCUGCCCUGUGCCAUGGCGUUCCACAAUCUUCGAAGGCGUGCAAUCUCGGCCCUUGGUCAUUGCUGUCAUGCGAGAUGAUGGAGUCGUCAGGCCGCAUCCGCCUGUGACACGCGUAUUGGAGGAGGUCGUGGCGAAAUUGAAGCAGGCUGGACAUGAAAUUGUGCCAUGGACGCCCGGAAGUUUGCACCAAGAAUGCAUCGACAUCAUGGAUCAAUACUACACAGCUGAUGGAGGCGAAGACAUCCGAAGGGAUAUGGAAGAAGGCGGUGAACCUUACAUCCCACACGUCGAGGCCCUCGUCAACAGGGGCAAGCCUAUCUCUGUUUACUCCUACUGGCAGCUCAAUAGGCAAAAGCUUGCUGCGCAGAAGCGAUUCCUCGACCUUUGGAAUUCGACAAAAUCUCCAGAAUCCGGCAAGCAGAUCGAUAUUAUGCUGGCACCUGUCAUGCCUCAUUCUGCAGUUCCACACCGCACGUGCCGAUGGGUCGGAUACACAAAGAUCUUCAACUUCGUAGAUUACCCCUCUGUAGUUUUACCUGCUGGUCAAGUCUCGAAGGAGCUCGACACUGCAGCUGCCGGGCAGAUGGGUACCUACCAACCCCGGAAUCCAUUAGACGAGUGGAACUGGAACUUAUUCGAUGUCGAUUCGAUGGAUGGCAUGCCGAUUGGUGUGCAAGUGAUCACAUGCCGACUACAAGAGGAAAAGGCGCUUGGAGCAGCAAAGUCUAUUGACAAAAUACUGCGUGGCUUGACGUAG